AUGAAUACAGAUAAUUAUUCUUCAAAAUUAACAUUGAAUGAUUGGUCAUUAAUUAAUAAUAUAAAAGAUGCAUAUGAUACAUCAACAUUAGAUUGUGAUACAAUUCGUAUAAAUAAUUAUUCAUUAGUCGAUUCAACAUUAAAAGAUUUUCUCAAUGAUGAACAACAAAUGUUUAGAAGCUUGAUCCAAUUUUAUAAAAAAAUUCCACAUUUUAAACAAAUAAAUCUAGAAGAUCAAAUAAUAUUAAUAAAAUGCAAUAUAACACAUUUAAUUCAUAUUCAUCAUGUAUUAAAAGAUAAUUUUGUAGAAAGUCCAAAAAUUGGUUUAUAUAUGAGUAAAUGGAUAAGUCCUGAUUUUCAUCAACAAAUGUCAAAAACACGUCAUUCACUUGAUUAUUUUAUUCAAUAUCCAAUGGUAUUAAAAAUAGUACUUGUUGCUUUUAUGUUUAUAAUUAAUUUAUCGAGAUUACCUUAUAAUCAAUUAUCAAUUCAACUUAUUGAUAAAAAUUUAAUAAUUCAACAUCAACAUUUCUUUAUAACAUUAUUAUGGAAAUAUUUAAAUGUUAUUUAUAAAGAAAAAGAUGCAAUACAUGCUAUACAAUUUAUUGUUUUUCAGUUUCUUCGUUAUCAAUUAUUAAUGUCGGAAAUGGAAAGUAUUAUUUUAGAUCAAUUCAAUUCAGAUCAGUUCCAUCCAUUGAUCAAAUCUGUUCUUCGUCUAACUUAA